GUCUUCAUAAUUCAAGGAUUUAAUAAGAUGAAGAAUGAAUGUUUUUAGAAGAGUUUUACGAAGUUUGUCUCCAUCAUGUUCUGUGCAGACACUGAAGAAGCCGACGCAGAGAAGUCUAAAAAUGAGUCAGUCGCUGGACCUGCAGCAGAGGUUUCAAAUGGGAAAGAUGAUAGGCAAUUCAGAUUAUGCUGUGAAAAAUGCAAAGCCAUCCAUCAGAGCCAUGGCAAUGAGCUUGUUACUCCCAGGAGGAUCUCCAAGGGAAGAUUACAGGUGCAGCUGGAAGGAGAGGGAACAUACGAGUGUUCGGUCACCGGCCUGGUGUUUGAAGCAUCGGAGCGGGUUCUCGUAAGGUACUCGGUCUUGUCCUGGUCCAAGUUCGGCGCAUUCCUCCGGAACUCUUGGAAGUUUGCGGGACCCAUCUUUAACGUGGACACGAUCGACAAGGAUGCGUCUGUCCUCAGGUCCAUCCAGUUCCCUCACUCCAUCUGCCUCGCUGAUCCAGAAAAUGAGAUGACAUUCAGCGUCCUACACAUAAAGGACAACCGUCCACUCAUUGAGCCGACGGUGGACCACUCAGGUAGCCAUGUUAAGUGGAAUGUGACGUCCCUGUCACCUGUCGGUCCCAUCAUACAGACGAGCCAUUCUGUCGAGCACCAUGGGGUGGUCCUGGUCUACAAGCAGCUGGGCAGUGACAACAACAACUACAGCUUCCAUAUCUACCUGGCCACCAACAGCUCAUCUGACAUCAAGGAUAUAUGCCAACAAGUGCGGGGCUACAAGAACCGUUACAUUCGGAUUGAGAAGCCUCCCACAUGUAAACUGGAUGAGGGGACGUAUCGCCUCCUCAGUGAGCCAGAGGGAGACAUCAAACCUCAGGACUUGAAGUUCACCCUUGCAGUGACUAAGAUGAAAGGCUACUUUGAAGCUUUCUUUGAGCAGCCUCCACCCUUUAAAUUUUCUCUUAUAGAGAUUAACACUGAGGAGACUGUAUGGUCCGCCACCAUCAGAGAAGGUGACUGUGUGGAUAACACACAAAAGAAGCCAAAGAAAAGGACAAACAGCAGACAGAGGAGCAGCAGCCCCUCAGAAGAUGAGACGGCCAGUAAAAGACCUCGAUGGCAGGAUGAGUCAGAUGGAGUGAAGACGGGGACGACUCAGGGCCAGGACAUGUCGGAGAAGCAGCUACUGCUGGUGGCCAAGCGGCUUGGGAAGGAAUGGAAGCAGGUGGCCAUCUAUCUAGGCUUGAACUCCAAGGAUCUGGAUGAGAUCCAGGCAUCGGAGAAAGAUGUGACCAUGCAGAAGCUGAAGAUGCUCGUGAAGUGGAAGAGCGGAAGGCUGCUGGGAGAGGCCACGGCGUACCACAUGUGGGAAAGUGUGGAGGAGCUGGAUGACCUGCCAGUUGAGGUCCGUCAGACACUGCAAGAUAUGAUAAACAGUCCUGCAGCUAAGUGAAAGGGAUUUGACUCAAAUAGAGUUUGGGAUGUCUGUUCCUCCAGCAUCAGGAAGAAGAAAGAUCUCAGGAAUACAGCAAAGCAGAAUUGACCCCUGGACCAAACCUUCAGCUCUUCCUUCAGUUUGUGUUUCUCUUUUGAAUAUAUUCUGGACAUGAAACUAAUUGAUGAGUUUUUGUAUUUCUGCAUGCAAGGGCUGCUGUCGUGUCUUUGGACAGGCAUUUUCCCUCAUUUUGUUCUCAUAUGUUCCUUUGAUUCUGUAAUGAACACAGAAUAGACAAGCUGUACCCGAGGUACCUUUUUGUAGCCAGUUUUUGAUGCUUAGCAUUAUCAGGUUCUAAAAUGACCAGCAGAUACUGGGGUGUAGAGGUCGUUGAGAUAUUUAGUAGCUAAUUAUGUAGCCAGUAACAGAUGUAAAUGUAGGUGCUGCAGUGUUGAAACUGCAAAAAUUAGGAAAAAUCCAACGUGUGAAUCUUGUUUCACUUUUAAAUGUGACAUUUCUGGGACUUUUUAUAAAAAAAAUUAGGCAGAACAUCACAUGCACAUGCAUGUGACUGUCCAAACCAUUGCGGACUGAAUUACUGGACAAUUUUGUGUCUCAUACAUUUUUAUAUUCGUGCACACUAUGUCCUGUACAUAUCUUUUUUUUUACCAACUUUUUCAAACCUGUGAUUUAUUUUCUUAAGUCUUUUUUGUACAUGCCUGUUUUCUGUUUUAUUUGACAACUCUAAACCUGUAAAACGUAAUAGCUUUUAUGUUUAUGUUUUUUUUAACUUGAAUUGUGAACCCAUUCCUGCCCUCCUGAGACCUGAAUGAACAUCUUUUGGUUGUUAAGUAUUCAUUUUGUUUGUGUGUAGUACAAAAGUGUACAAUGUACACAAAUAACACACACUUGGAUUCAGGGCCACAUGUUAAGUAUUCUACCUGUGUAAGUUUAACCACAGCCAGACAACAUUCCUAUUGUUUGAGUCAUCUUUACAACGCUUAUUUUAAUGUGGAGACUACAACUAAGAUUUGGUAAUACGAACAAAAAUAGUAAUAAAUAUUUCAGUUAAAUUUCCUCAACAUCCCGUCCAUUUAAACAUUAGUCACAGAUAUGUUUCUGUUUACCAACUUUCAAACAUCUCAACACUAUUUUGGGAAAGCUGCAGAAAUGGCAUCUGUAAUGUUGAAGCUUUUAGGGUCUUUCAUGCCAAUACUAUGCAGUAAUGUUUACAUCUAGAGAACAGGGUUGCCUCCCUAAACAAUCCACAACUAACAAUCCAGCCAGACCUUUUUGCACUUGUUUGUAUCAGGUCUGAGUCCAUCCAAAUACUUUUUGGAAUAAAGGUAAAAAAAAAUGUUAAUUUUUAUUUGCAUUUUUUAUUGCUUUAAUUCAAUUUCAGUUGACUGAAUAAAACAAG